CUCAUGUACAAUGACGAGUCAGUUCUGGAGAACCACCACCUGGCUGUGGCGUUCAAGUUGCUCCAGAACGAGGGCUGCGACAUUUUCGUCAACAUGACGAAGAAGCAACGCCAGACGCUUCGUAAAAUGGUCAUCGACAUGGUCUUGUCCACGGACAUGUCGAAGCACAUGACCCUAUUGGCUGAUUUGAAGACCAUGGUGGAG